GUAUUGGUCCAGGUCUGCGUCUCAACUUGUCGGGUUAAGCGACAUCUCAUUCCAAUCAAAAGCCCCUAUAAAAGCCCUAACCGGCCGGAGGCAAUUGAUCUUCUUUCUUCUCCGGCGAUUAGCCGUUCAAAAUAUCUACGUCGUCGAUCACCAUCCCUGAACGUAACACCUCUUCUCCUGUGCUAAAUUUCGACCGAUAGGUUUUCAGCAAGUCCGCCUUGGGAACAGCGGAAGCUGGCAAAAAGAGAAAAAAAAAACAAGUUUUCAUUAUUUGUCUGGAUAAUGAGUUGACGUGAUAAUGAGUAGACUCUCAUUUAGGCCACGUCCACUUGACAUUCACAAGAAGUUACCUAUUGUAAAAUCUGUAAAGGAUUUUGAAGAUGAUGAUUCACAGUCCAAUACCCGCAAUCAAAUCAUUCGUCUCGCUGCCGAAGCGGCAGAUAUUGAGGUACAACACACUUCUAGCAAGAAGUUUAUUCCUGAAAUACCUAUACCUGAGUAUGUGGUGGUGGAUACAUAUGAAAGAGAUUAUUCACGCACUUUUGCUCAGCCAACAUCUUAUAUACAUGCUAGAGGAGCCCGAGCCGAGAUUGGAGAAUUUGUUGAGUACGAUCUUGACAACGAGGAUGAAGAUUGGCUUCAAGACCUAAACAGAGAGAGAAAGGCUCUUGCAGCUGAAAAGUUGGAGACCAUUCUGCACAAAUUAGAGGUUUUAGAUCACAAGGCCCGAGAAAGAGCAGGAGUGAUUACUCCUACUCUUAACUCACCUAUCCCGGUGCUUCUAAGUUUCGAUGCUUCUGUUGAGGCAUUGCAAUCUCUAACCAUCAAAUAUGGAAUUUUCCAGUCAAUUUAUACUUACUGGAAAGACAAGCGGGAACGGUGGCAGAAGCCUAUUCUUCGGCGUUUGCAGCCUCCUCCACCUGUUAGUGAUACCAAUCCAUAUAAUGUAUUUAGGCCAAGAGAGAAGGCUCACAGACUUCACACAAGGAGGAUGCAAAGGAGGGAAAACAAUGUGCAGUCAUUUGAAAAGCUUCGCCAGGUUAGGCGCAGCCUUGACCAAUCAAAGACCAUUCUUGAGGCUCUCAUUAAGAGAGAGGAGAAGAAACGAGAGGUUGUGGAGAGUGAGGUUAGUCUUCAGAGACUUCAAAUGAAACACAAGAAUGAAAUUGAGCUUUUCGAGGACACGUUGGCUCUUCCUGGAUUUUCUUCCUUCCCAAGUAUGUUUGGUUCAAGUGAAGAGGAAUAUGUUGACUCGGAUGAUGCUGCUAUUAGCCGUCCACAUGCUCAGUUUGAUGUCUCGCCAAAUCUUACCUUCGUUGACUCAAAGCCAGUGAUGGUGUCUGCUGGAAGCAUGAGGCAAGAGCGAGAGUUGAAACGACGAUAUGUCCCACCUGGAUGGCUCCACAAAUUGGAUCCAAAUGAGCCACUUCUCCUGUUUACUAAACCUCUUGAUCCAGAAAAAUUGGCAGCUGCAAGUAUCACACCUCCAGGUUCUUCAAUGGAAAAUGGCGUAGCUGGACGCACAUUCAACCCUCGUGGAAGGAUUGGCCGAGGUGGCAGAAUAGUGUUUGAUAGAUGGAACCCACUUAUGCAUACCCCAAUUGAGUGUGCUGAUGCUUUACAUGUACCAUUAAAUUCUGCUCAUCCCUGAUAUAAUCAACCCUUCCCAUGGUUCAUUUGUCCAUCCACAUUUAAGAGGGAGAAUUUGUGUUGAUGAUUUUCCAAGGUUUUGAGCCCUUGAUGAAUUUUGACGACACUAGAAAACUAUCUUUUGUUGAAAGUGGUGAGGACAGCGUGUCCUUUGUUUCUUUUACUGCUGCAGGAUGUAUCACUCUAGUUAUUUCUUAUGUAGGUUAAGGAGUGAAAUCAUCUCUCUGCCCAGUGUUACAUUUUAUGUUCAAGAUGAUAGGAAAAUAGAGCUCUUCUUUCUUUCCUCCUUCCUCCUACCAUACAGAAUGCAGGACAAUUAUCAAAGUAUAUGCCUAACUAGAAAACGUAAGCUUCUACAUUGUGAAUUUAACCAACCAGUUUUGGUCGUACAUUGUGAAGAACUUUCACUUUGUAGUUGGAUCUUCCUAGUAAGGUUCGGCCGUGCCUGUGUUGAAAAUUUAAAUGCAGCUGAGAGCCGGAUUCUAAUCAAAUUAUUAUGUGAUAAUUUGUUUCUAC